CUGACCGUAAUCGCAAUCGAUUACGAGGGACAUGAAAGUAUAGAGGAUAGGUCUUGGCUUCGUGGUCAUAAGAACUCGUCGACACUUGCGACUCUCAAACUACCUGCGGAUGGAGGAUUAGGUACAUGUAAAGUCUGCAAUUAAAGGACCUCCAAAAGCGGAAUUUGGUGCAACUUCCAGCCGUUUUGACCAAUGCAAUACUCCGUAUAGAACUCGCCAAAAUUCCGAUGAGUAUUUUGCUACAACCUAUGGAUGUACACCGGAAUUAGCCAACAUUGUUUGUUAUUGAAGAAGAUUUCCCAGACUUCCCAGAUUCUUCUCACCGGAAAUACGAAAGCCUGUUACGAGUGUCUCCAAAUAAAUUUGCGCAUAUAUUCGAAUGAAUUGUUAUUUACAGAUACACGGACUCAAUACUUCGUCGUUUUUAAUAGUGGCAUGCAAAACCAACGAAAAAAAUACAAGCAACGCCGACUAAAUUAAUAUUCCGACGUCUAAAAGGUCUGCCAACUUCCGGCGGAAGUAGGAAAUUGACAUAGGACUCUGGGGAAGACAAUACUUUAUUGAUUACUGAAGGCAGGCAGUAACAGCGCGAGGGGACUCUGAGAUUGCUGUUGUUUGAAUACCAAGCAGUCAGCUCAAAGGCGCGUACAGCGUAUAACACUGUAACACUGUGAAAGCUCUUUGAGAAUUAAGUGAGUACUGGUGAACACAGAAGUAGCUGUACCAACACGACCGUCGUAUCGCAAAUACAUGGAGUUCAAAUAGUUUUCCCAGUGGUGUAGGAUAUCAUGAAACAGGAGAACCGUGGACUUUGUCAGUCAUGUCAGUCGUGGAUAGGCUGUACGUAGAACAUUGUGAAGAAUUCCGGAAAACCGGCACGUUGACGGAAGUUUUGUCGGUGACGCAAGGAGAGCACUGCAGGCCGCGGGACAUUGUGUUGAACGCCAAGCCGUCUCAAAUAUCCUAAAAACGAAAAGUAUACCCAGUGGUGUAGGAUAUCGCUUCCCAGUUUGGCGAUGGCUGGGAUGUCGUUGCAGGAUCAUGUGGAACUUUAUGGCAGGACCGUCUCAAUAUUGGACUGUCUUAUUGUAAAUACGGAAAGUUCUCCAAGCGGUGUACAUCGUUUGACAAAGGUUGUGCAGUGUAACAUGUGGCGGGUAGUGCUGCAGGAUAUCGCGCAGAACUCACGGGAACCAGUAUAAAUUUUGUAUAUUAUAAAUAACAUAUAUUGUCCUGGAGAACAUUGGGAAACCGGGAAAACGUAUUUUUGCGAUACAUGUCAACACGAGGCGCGGAACCUGAUGUCUGCAGUCUGAUAGCUCCAAUUGAAAAGUAUAGCUGCCGGUCGGAACAAGUUUGGACAGGAUGAAAUACUCCUCUGGGAUGAAACGAUUGAAUCUUAAGUACGCCUUUAGUCGACCCUACAUCAGCCGUGUGUACCCGGAUGAAAGCGACAACGAGGCAAUUCAGUCAGAAUUAACAGACCUAGAAGACGCAACAGAAGGUAUCAACGACGCAACCUCGAUCUCAUUUGAUGAAAUUAAACCUGGGGACGAGGAAAUCGAAUAUGAUAAACUGAAGACUCGUAGUAUAUUCAGUGUCCAAUCAGAUAGAAAUGGAAACGAGGCUUACAUAGCAAAAUCGGAAGUAUCAACCGCGGACGAUACUGAUAUCCUUAAUGAUACGGGGAUAUUUAGUAUUUCGAAAUCUGUGACGUCACAAACUUGUGUGUCUGAGCCGCUGACGUCAGAGGAAUGUGUAUCAAACCAGGUGAAAACAAGACGGGUCGACCUCGACCUACCCAAAGCUCUCCCCUUGCACACGGGGGCAUCGUGGUCAACGCUCGGAUCUUCGCAGGAAUCAGAGAAAAAUUCAAAGUCAUCGCAAGAAUUUGUGUCAAAAUUAGUGACGUCAGAGGAACCUUCACCGAUAGUGGCGUCGCAGGAAACGGGAUCGAAAGAAACUGGAACAAAAUUAGGCCUAGUGACUUCACGAGAAUCUGUAUCGACUCCUGCAGAAUCUGUUACCAGCUCCGGAUCCCAAACACUCUUACUUCCAUUGGGAGGAGAGGAAAAACCUCCGAAGAAAAGUGUGUCAAUCGUUGCACCAGAACCCAGACGAUCGUCUUUUUCCUUUUUCCGUAAUAAUCUGAUACAAAAUGGCGAUGCUAUCACGGCACAUGCGCAAGAUGGCGCAUCGAAUAAAAAGGGGACGCGUACUCCGCCUCUUGAGAGACUAAAAUCCAGGAAAUUCAGCCUCAGUUUGGGUCGUCUGCCGGAGAUAUUGACAGGGAAAAAGACAGACGAUGACAAGGAGAAGGACGGGGCAGAUUCGAAACAAGAUGGCGCCUCAACCAUUGACCUAUCAAUCGACGCCACGGAACAUAAACAAGAUGACUAUUCACAUCUGAUUGAGCCCAACAGGUUUGCGCAGGUCAUGACUGUGCUGACUGUGUUGAUAGUGUUUGGAAUACUAGUGGCACUGAUAGUUAGGAUUUCCAUCCAGGAAGAUGGACUGAAGCAACAUGAUACGGACAAUACGACAACAGUGGCGCCAACCAAUACGACAAGAGUCACGUGAGGGGUGAUGUUCUCAUUUCUGGACACGUCACUGCUUUUAGUGUUUACGUCAUUGUUUUGUGUGCCGCAAAUGUAACUGUUGUGUCAUACAUUGUACGCUGAUACCUGUACUUCUGUUGAGUUUAGUUCGGUAUAAAUGGCAUUUAGAAUAUCUCGGAGCAUUUUUAUACUAAAUAAAAAUAAAUAAAAUACAAAUCUUGUUGGCGACCUUGGCGUCUCCACUUUGAGUAACAGGGUUUAGGACAGUCAGGAUUCUUGGUGAAUUUU